AUGUCCCAUCUUGCUAAUGAAUUAGCAAAACGUGGUCAUAAGAUAUCUUGGUUAGAGAUUGGCCCGAAGGAGAGCAAAGUCGAUCUCAAUUCUGAUAUCAAGAAACUGUUCUACAAAACCGAUUUCGCAAAUGAGUUAUUUAAUGCUCUAUAUGUUGAAAAGACCCAUCCUCAUCAUACAAAAAUUUGGGAAGAGGACUAUGAAGCGGAAAACGAAAAGACUACCGAUUGGCUGGCUGGAACCAAGCUCUGCGACAACUUUUUAUCUAAAAACAAGGCAGCUUUUGAUAAGCUGGUUAACGAAGAGUUUGACUCUGUUAUUAUCGAUGAUCAAGCGAAUCCUUGUGGCUUGCUGCUGGCUGGUUUGAGAAAGGACGUUUUCGUGUACUGGUCAAUGAGCUCAAUGCGACCUGAAUCAGCUUGGGCCAACCAGUCGCCCAGCCCGCCAUCUUAUCUCCCCGUUCCGGGCACAAAGCUGACCGAUGACCUCGAUUUCAAGCAGCGGACCCAAAACCUUAUUGCUUACCUUGGGGCCCUUUACAAACAUCAACACGUCGUACAACCCAGAAUUGACGCCGUUUUCCAGAAACACUACCCUGGCGCACCAAGCGCCUUUGACCUGGAGCGUAAUGCUUCGAUCAAUCUCGUCAACAACCCACCAAUCUUCGAUUUCCCCAGACCAUUUAUGCCGAGGGUCAACUUUGUCGGAGGCCUACACGCUAAAAAUGCUAGUGAAUUGAACGGGGAAAUCUACACGUUUGUUGAUGAGGCUGAGCAAGGCAUUAUCGUCGUUUCAUCUGGUCUAGAACUUGAUUGGGCUAAAGUUCCCUCAUUUAUUAAGCAAGCCCUGAUCGGCGCUUUCCAAUCGUACCCUGAUAUCCGUUUUGUCUGGCAAUAUAAUGGACCUGAGAUUGAUCUACUACCGGUUAACGUAUUGACGGUACCUCACAUUCCGCAGCAGGACCUUCUUGGCCAUAAGAAGUGCAAGGCUCACAUUACUUUCGGUGGCUUGAACAGUGUUAUUGAGAGUGUAUGGCAUGGUACGCCACUCAUCGGAAUCCCCCUCACCGUAAAUAAUCAUGAAAAUAUCUUGAGGGUGAGCGCCCGAGGCGCCGGGAUCCUGUUGCCAAAACGCGAUCUCCAGUUGUCAACCUUGAAAGCCGCCAUUAAGAAGAUUCAAAAGAAGAGUUAUAAGAAAGAAAUGAUAGUCUUCCAAGAUAUGGUACGCGAUGUACCUUAUACGGAAUUGACCCAUGCUGCUUUCUGGGUUGAAUUUAUUGAGCGUCAUCACGAGGUCCCUCAUGCUCGCUCGGGAGCUGAUAAACUAAACAUCUUCCAAUAUUUCCUGGUGGAUGUCGUCGCUUUCCUUGGAUCUAUUACGCUACUAGUCAUUGCCACAAUUUUCUUCGUUUUGAAGAAGAUCUUCCAAAUCUUGGCAUUCUUUGCUGGAAAGCUGUUUGGACGGAAGCCAACACCCAAAAACAGCAACGAGAAGCGAUUGAAAACGGAA